CACAUAUCGCUAGCGGGAGAAAAGCACAUGAGAAUAACAUGGAUUACCAAUGAUAACUCUGCCCCCUCUGUGGUGGACUAUGGAACCAAAGAAGGAAAAUACACAAUGACAUCUCAAGGAGAAAGCACAUCCUACAGCUACUUAUUGUAUAGCUCAGGAAAAAUUCAUCAUGUAGUUAUCGGACCUCUUGAGGACAACACAAUUUAUUACUACCGAUGUGGAGGGCAAGGUCUGGAAUUCCAAUUUAAGACCCCUCCAUCCCAAUUUCCGUUGUCAUUGGCUGUUGUCGGUGAUCUUGGGCAGACUAGUUGGACAAAAUCAACACUGGAUCACAUUAAGCAGUGCGAGCAUGAUAUGCUUUUACUCCCUGGUGAUCUCUCUUACGCUGAUUUUAUGCAACAUCUGUGGGAUUCCUUUGGUACAUUGGUUGAGCCACUUGCUAGCACACGGCCUUGGAUGGUGACAGAAGGAAACCAUGAGAAGGAGCACAUUCUGUUUCUUGAGUCAGGAUUUCAGUCAUAUAAUGCACGAUGGAAAAUGCCUUAUGAAGAAAGUGGAUCUACAUCAAAUUUGUACUACUCUUUUGAGGUUGCAGGGGCACACAUUAUAAUGCUAGGUUCGUACACAGAUUAUGAUGAGAGCUCAGAUCAGUACGCUUGGCUCAAGUCUGAUCUUGCCAAGGCCGAUAGGAAGAAGACACCAUGGCUCAUCGUAUUGUUGCAUGCCCCGUGGUAUAAUAGCAAUUGGGCUCAUCAGGGUGAAGGUGACAGUAUGAUGGCCGCGAUGGAGCCUUUGCUCUAUGCUGCUCAUGUGGAUAUGGUAAUAGCGGGUCAUGUGCAUGCUUACGAACGCGCGGAGCGCGUCUACAAUGGCAGACUUGAUCCUUGUGGUGCUGUUCACAUAACUAUUGGGGAUGGUGGAAACCGUGAAGGCUUGGCCCACAGGUAUCGUAAUCCGAAGCCAGCUUGAUCAGUCUUCAGGAAAGCGAGCUUUGGUCACGGCGAGCUAAAGAUCAUGAACUCCACCCAUGCCCACUGGACCUGGCACAGGAACGACGAUGAAGAGCCAGUGAGAACGGAUGACGUGUGGAUAAACUCGCUGGCUGGUUCCGGGUGCAUCCAGGAAGGCAGCCAUGAGUUGAGGAAGAUUCUAAUGUCUCCUUGAGAACAACUGCUGCACCUGGCGAUCCGCUACAGCUCAGUGUAAAAGAUCCUGCCAUGUAUUGUAUAUAUCUCCACGACUAGAUAAACUAACACCGAAAAGAGAAACUAAAGCGUUGUGCUGUAUAUUGUAGACUGUUGAUCAAGGGUGAUUGUCGCGGAGUACUUUUGUUGUGUAAUAUGAUGUUUGUAGCAAGUAACACUUCUGUAUACUGUGAUGUUGUAAUGGACUGAAAUUGAUAUUUCUGUAAGGGCGUGCGACAUA